UGCCUCCCUUCCUUGUCUGGGUGUCUGUGCAGGUGCCUCCGCACUGAGGCUCUCGCCUGACCUCUGGUCCACUUUGCCUUCUGCAGUCUGCAUGAAGGCUUCUUGUGCGCCUGGCCUUCCGGAAGGGACCGACUUUCCCUUUGUACUAGAGGUGCUGGUGGAUGAGUGAGCACCCUUUGGGCUCUCUCCUGGUGGGGUCCAGGUGGACACAGGUCUGGAGGCUGCCACUGGGCUAGUGGAAAGAAGCUGGCCUACUUGCUCAAAGCAGCGGGAAGGAGGGGGUCCUGUAGGGGGAUUCCCAGUGGGUGGGGUGGGCAACUGCAAGUCCCUGGAGCCUACUGCACCCCUUCAGGACUGCAUCCCCCCUGCCCCAGUUCUGUCUGCCCUGACUUCUGUUCCUGAGCUUGUCUGGGCCACCUACCCCCAGACCAGGCCCCAGUGGGCCAGCUACUCCCGCCUCCUCUGACUUCCUUUUACUCACUCGCCCAGGAAACUCUCCUAAAGCAGGUUGGGGCUCAGGGCCUCCUCCGCAGCCCUGAGACUGAGCAGGGCGGGUAGGGUGGGGGCCGGAGGGAGCAGCUCCAGGUGGGUGGGGGCAGACCUGUUACCCCAAGGUGGUGCACAGAAGGGGCUUCCUCUGAGCCAUGAAGCAGAGUAAAACUGGUGUAUGGACUGGAUUAAUCACAGGGAGGAGGCUGGGGACCUGAGAUGUGAGUGAAUACUGCAGCCACACACCAGAGGGCCUGCUCUUCCUCCUGCUGCUGGACUGGGGCGUGGCUGUGACCCUAGUUAAGCACUGAGCACUGAUAGUGGCCUUGAGGGAUGUGCUGGAGCCUUCCUGCAGGGGGAGGGGCGGGCAGUUAUUCUUGGAGGAGGCCUCAGGGGGGUAGAGUUUCAGGUUGUUUAUGCUUUCAGGAGGCACCUGGGGCAGGGGUGGGGCGCUCAGCUCAGCUCCGUGCUGAUAGCUCAGGCUAAAGACACCUUUGCUUUCCCUGUUUUGGGGUUGGGGGCCGUGGGCCCUGCAGCCCCUGGGAGGUGGGGUCUGGGACUUUCUCCAGAGUGUUCCGGAUGGGGUUCCUCAGCCAGCCCUGGCCGGGCAGCAUGCCAGCCUGAGCGCAGGAGGGGCAGCUCACCCCGAUGCUGGCCUGAGUCUGCCUGGCUGUUCUCCUCGGCAGGGUCAGUGCUAUUAAUAUCAGGCCAGUGCACAGCCCCAAGCUGGUGAUCCUCUUAUGCCUGUGGCCUCGGCCCCUGAGGCUGGUGGUGAGUGCUGUUGCUUCUCCUGGGGCCUCUCACCUGUUGGCCCCCCGACUCCCAGUGGGCAGCCUCUGCCAGCCAGGGCUCGGACCUCACUGCAGCUCUUCACUGGUUGUGUUGCCCACCCAUGGAGAGGCAGUUCAAGGGGCUCCUGAGCUGUCCUGGGGGACUGCUGGGAGCCUAAGAGGCAGUGCAGCGACAUCCCUGCACAGAACUGGGGUCAUCCUCCCAUCCCGGUCUCCCUCGUGUCCUGGCCAUGAGCAGCCCCCCAGCUUACCCUGGCAUCCGGGUGUCAGGGUGCUGGACCCUCGGAGCAGAAGGCAGCAGCAACGCGGAGUCCCUGGACAGGCUGCUCCCACCUGUGGGCGCGGGGCGCUCGCCAAGGAAGCGCACCACCAGCCAGUGCAAGUCUGAGCCGCCCCUCCUGCGCACGAGCAAGCGCACCAUCUACACAGCAGGGCGGCCGCCGUGGUACAAUGAGCAUGGUACCCAGUCCAAGGAGGCCUUUGCCAUUGGUCUGGGAGGUGGCAGUGCCUCCGGGAAGACCACCGUGGCCAGAAUGAUCAUUGAGGCCCUGGAUGUGCCCUGGGUGGUCUUGCUGUCCAUGGACUCCUUCUAUAAGGUGCUCACCAGGCAGCAGCAGGAGCAGGCUGCCCACAACAACUUCAACUUUGACCACCCAGAUGCCUUUGACUUCGACCUCAUCAUCUCCACGCUCAAGAAGCUGAAGCAGGGCAAGAGUGUCAAGGUGCCCAUCUAUGACUUCACCACCCACAGUCGGAAGAAGGACUGGAAAACAUUGUAUGGUGCAAAUGUCAUCAUCUUCGAGGGAAUCAUGGCCUUUGCUGACAAGACACUGCUGGAGCUCCUGGACAUGAAGAUCUUUGUGGACACAGACUCUGACAUACGCCUUGUGCGGCGACUGCGCCGUGACAUCAGCGAGCGGGGCCGGGACAUCGAGGGCGUCAUCAAGCAGUACAAUAAGUUUGUGAAGCCCGCCUUCGACCAGUAUAUCCAACCCACCAUGCGUGUGGCGGACAUCGUGGUGCCCCGGGGGAGCGGGAACACAGUGGCCAUCGACCUGAUUGUGCAGCACGUGCAUAGCCAGUUGGAGGAGGUGAGCAGUGCUGCCGUCUCUGACACCCAUUCCCUUGUGUCUCCUUGUCACUGCUGCAGCGUGAGCUCAGUGUCAGGGCACAGCGGGCGGGCGAGCUGCCCUUCCCUAACCCGGCGAAUGACCGCCACCUGCAGAGACCGGGAAACCAGCAGGGACGAGUUCAUCUUCUACUCUAAGAGGCUGAUGCGGCUGCUCAUCGAGCACGCACUCUCCUUCUUGCCUUUCCAGGACUGCGUGGUGCAGACCCCACAGGGUCAGGACUACGCGGGCAAGUGCUAUGCCGGGAAGCAGAUCACAGGCGUGUCCAUCCUGCGGGCCGGCGAGACCAUGGAGCCUGCACUGCGGGCCGUAUGCAAGGACGUGCGCAUUGGCACCAUCCUCAUCCAGACCAACCAGCUCACUGGGGAGCCCGAGCUCCACUACCUGCGGCUCCCCAAGGACAUCAGUGACGACCACGUGAUCCUGAUGGACUGCACGGUGUCCACGGGCGCGGCGGCCAUGAUGGCUGUGCGGGUGCUGCUGGACCAUGAUGUGCCCGAGGACAAGAUCUUCCUGCUAUCGCUGCUUAUGGCGGAGAUGGGUGUCCACUCGGUGGCCUACGCCUUCCCACGCGUUAGAAUCAUCACCACAGCAGUAGACAAGCGUGUCAACGACCUCUUCCGCAUCAUCCCUGGCAUCGGGAACUUUGGUGACCGCUACUUUGGGACCGACGCCGUCCCUGAUGGGAGCGACGAUGAAGAAGGGGGCUCCACUGGGUAGCCACCACCCGCCCCAACUCCCCCCGCCUCCCUGUCUCUCCUGAGGCUCAGAAUAGAGAUGUUAAUUUAUUUUAAUUAAAAAAAAGUGUUACCCUUGUAA